AUGGAAAAAGCACUGACACAAAUGAAUGAACUUGAAGAAAAAAUUCAGGGAUAUCAGAAAAAAUACAAAAUUCAAGAACAGAAACUUGAAGCCCAGGCAGAAGAAAAUGAAGCACAGAGCGUAAAAAUUUCAGAACAAAGUGCAGUUAUCACAGGUCUACAGACCCCCAUUUGCACCAAAUUGUUUGGAAUAGAUAGCCGCGAUCAGACGGAGAUGGACACGUGUUUUUACUGCAUCGUCAUACUUAACCAAAUAGACUGUGACAAGGAUUCCAAAUGCGAAUUCAAUGACGGGAUCUGUAGACCAAUGAUGGGCGCCGGAAAAUAGAUCAUAUCAUAAAUAAUGGGCUCCGGAAAAUAUAACAUAGACAAUGAGCUCCAUAAAAUAUAU